GUGUCAAUUGGCCAAAACCGCGUAAUUUGUUUCGGAAAUCAUCCUUUUACAUCCAAUCGGAGAGGGUUUCGCGAAACAUCCAGGUGGGGGGACUGGCGCCUACAGUCCCGCCCAGACCGAAGAAGGAAAGGCAGAGAAGCAACGCAAGCAGAGAGCCAUGGCUUCGUCCGGACUAGAGCCCAUCGACGUGGACAGCAUCAUCGAGAAGCUGCUGAGCGUGCGCGGCGCGCGCCCCGGCAAGCAGGUGAACCUCACGGAGACCGAGAUCCGCGGGCUGUGCCUGCACGCGCGCGAGGUUUUCCUGGCGCAGCCCAUUCUGGUGGAGCUGGAGGCGCCCAUCAAGAUUUGCGGUGACAUCCACGGUCAAUACUAUGACCUGCUGCGUCUGUUCGAGUACGGCGGCUUCCCCCCGGACGCCAACUACCUGUUCCUCGGAGACUACGUGGACCGUGGCAAACAGAGUCUGGAGACCAUCUGCCUGCUGCUGGCUUACAAGAUCAAGUACCCAGAGAACUUUUUCAUCCUGCGUGGCAAUCACGAGUGCGCUUCGAUCAACCGAAUCUACGGUUUCUACGAUGAAUGCAAGCGCCGCUACAACAUCAAGCUCUGGAAGACCUUCACGGACUGUUUUAACUGCCUGCCUGUGGCUGCUAUUGUGGAUGAGAAGAUCUUCUGCAUGCACGGCGGUCUAUCCCCCGAGCUUAGUCAGAUGGAACAGAUCAAGCGGUUCGUGCGCCCCACAGACGUCCCCGAUACGGGUCUGCUCUGCGAUCUGCUGUGGUCCGACCCGGACAAGGACAUUAUGGGCUGGGGAGAGAACGACCGCGGUGUGUCGUUCACGUUCGGUCCGGAUAUUGUGAGCCAGUUCCUCAAGCGCCACGACCUCGACUUGAUCUGCCGAGCUCAUCAGGUGGUGGAGGAUGGCUAUGAAUUCUUCGCCAAGCGUCAGCUGGUCACGCUGUUCUCGGCACCUAACUACUGUGGCGAGUUCGACAACGCCGGCGCGAUGAUGUCGGUGGAUGAGACGCUUAUGUGUUCGUUCCAGAUCCUCAAGCCAGCCGAGAAGAAGCAGCGUUACGCUUACAACGGGCUGGGUACGCAACGUCCGGCGACGCCGCCCCGGAAGUAGGAGGAGCGCUCGAACAACGGGCAGACUCUCGACUGACUUAAGCAGCGAGAGUCGUCUCGUUGCCUGGCCUUGCAUAGUCAUCCCACCCACCCAUACAUGUGAUUUGAUUUUAUCGAUAUGAUAGCGCGAGCUCGUUUGAUUGAACAGGCACCCUCUUCCUUCUUCUUAUGCAUGAGUAAAACAGCUUUACUGGACAAGAUCACAGCCACAUUGUGACAACAACUACAGCUUAACGACGCUGUUUAUCAGGAAGGUGGCCUUUUGUCAACUUCUCCACGCUGGAGUCCAACAUGUGUACUUUGUAAAGUGAUCCUCACGAUGUCCUGCCAAAUUGGAACAAGUAGCGG